AUGACCACGCCUAACCCCACCGUCUACCUCAUCGGCCUCCCCAGCGAGCACCCCGCCGUCCCCGAAAACAUGCGCGAACAAGUCGCAACCAGCCUCGCCCAAGUCAAAAAAUCACUCACCUCACCCAACAUCCACCUCACCUACCGCUUCAUCCCCGUAACCCCCGACGCCAACGCCACAGACCUCAAACGCGAGCUCGCUGCAAACCGUCCGGACGCGGUCAUAAUCGGCGCCGGCAUCAGGAUGAACCCGCAGCUUAAUUUGUGGUUUGAGGAGAUUGUGGCGGUGAUUCAGGAUGUGAAGCCGUCGUGCAGGAUCUUGUUUAAUACGAGCCCGACGUCGACUGUGGAUGCGGCUAGGCGCGCGUUUCCGAAUGCUUUCAAGCAGUGA